AUGGAACCAUACACAUCAGAUCUAUCUCAUUCAAGAAUCAGAUACGAACUAGACACUUCUCUAAAAGACGUACCAACUAUUUUGGCCCAGAUUUUCGCACUACUUGUUGUUGCUAUCAAUACUGCAUUCGUAGGUCAUGCAGGAGACAAUGCUAAAUUAGCUGGAGUAGGUUAAAAAUGGAGCAGUAUCAACAUUAGUAUCGCAGGUUUACGGUCUAGCAAUAAGAAAAUCAGAAAAAGCUUCUACUUCCCAACAAAAGAAUCUUUCAAAAAGCUAGGGGAAUAUCUUAAAAUGGAGUUCCCUCAAGUUACAUGCUUUGUCUUUAAUUGUGGAGCUUUGAAGUUCUUGCUAUUAUGGCUGGCUAUUGAUGCAACUGGAGUUCAUUUAAUCAUCAUUAAUACUCAUGUAGAAAUAAUUACGGCACAUCUUGGAGCUCAAUUUGCAACUAUUAUUUGCUUUGGAUAAGCAAUGGGAGAAUUAAAUGCUAGCAAUUCUUUUUGGUUCUUAUAUUAUCUGCUUCAUGGAAUGGCAAUGAUUUAAGCUGAAGCAGAGAGGCCACUUGGAAAUAUUAAUUUGGCUAUAUGGAUGAUCUUCUUCUCAUUUUAAAUUUUAUUUUUGCUGGGUGCUUACAUUUUUGCCUUAACACUAGAUUGGGCGAUGGUUGGGCUCUGGUGGGGUUGA